AUGGCUGACUCCAGCAGCAGUAAGCCCUUCAUGGUGACUUCCUCCAUCAACCUCAAAGUCACCACCCCCUCCUUCUACAACCAGCCAAAGAAGUUUGCCUCGGUCAACCCGCCACGCCCCAAAAGCCAGUCCGACCCGUCGCCUCCUCCAGGCUCAACUCCUCCCCCAGGUCCCUCUCCUCCCCCCAGUGUGGUCUCCUCAACACGCGGUGUCGGCACAGCUGUCAUUGGUCGAGUUGGAGUGAUGCCUCCACCCCCACCAUCGCUCUGCGAAGGUGAUUGGCCCUUUUCGUUUGUCAUUUUGUAAAAAAUCUAGUUGUCUGGUUCAAAGUGACCCCUAACUCCUUCACUUAAACUCUUUCCCUUCACAGUGCAGAUGUGAAGUAACUGGAUAGGUGUAAACAAUAUGGUGAAGGGUCCCCUAAGCCCAGUGUAGGGGUUAGGGGAAGUGGCUUGGGGUUGUUUUAGGACCAGACUUAUCUCGCAAUAGAAGCAUCAAGCAUGUUAUUAUUUAGUUAUAAGUAUUUAGCUGUGUUUCUGAUAAAACAAGGAUUUUGGAUCCCAGAGUUUGAGCCUGGUGUUAGCAACCCAACAGAUUGGUAGACUGCAACAUGGCCCUCAUCCCAUCAAUAAAACUCACCCCUCCUGUUACUCUCACACUCCAAUCACUGCAUUUAAAAGGGAUAGUGCGAGAUUCUGGCAAUUAAGCCGUUUUUCUACUUACCCAUCUACUUAUCCCUUUAAGUCUAUUUUCUUGACAGUAUCAUUUCACUGUCUCUGUGUGUAAAAACGGUAUUGUCAUGGAGUUCCCUUGAGCGAAUGGCUGGGUGGGUGCAUUGAAUAGAUGACAGGUUUUGAAUGAAUUACAGAACAUUUAGAAACCAUUUGAUUGCCAUGCCUUUGUUUUAACCAAUCACCCCUACCCCGUUUCUAUUAGACUUCCCGCCCCCUCCUCCUCCGUUGGACGAUGAGCUGCCAGCCCCUCCUCCAAAUUGUGCAACCACACCCCCAGCGUCUGAUGCCCCUCCCCCUGCCUUCCCUGCCCCUCCCCCUCCCGCUGUGGAUGACCUGCCCCUCCCCCCCGCCCCGCCUGAGGAGAAUGUCUGUCUCCCCCGUUCCCCAUCUCCCCCUCCCCCUCCUCCACCACCCCCUCCCCCUCUCCCAGUCUCUGGUCCCAGCAGUGUCCCCAGUGCUGGGGAGAAUUCUCAGGUGAGUCUGGGUUAAUAAUCAUAAUAAUGUAAUGCGUUUUGUAAUAUAGUACUUUCCAUAAGGUCCCAAAGCACCUGUCAUUGUAUUGGUGUAAUUGUGUUGGAUGACAGCCAGAACUCUCAUCCACAUAUCUGCUACCAUGGGGGAUGUCCUCAAUAAGCAGAUGUGGAUGUCUAUUGCCUAACGUGCUUAAGUUCUGAUCCAUGCAAAUCAGUUACAUGCUGUUCUAUCAGUACACUUCUGUGCACAUUCCCCAUUGACACAAAUGUAUGAUUUAGGUGGCAGUUCGAGUUUGCAUACAUAUUUAAAGUCAAGAUUCAGCCUGUUGAUUAACAAUCAUCAUCCUCUCUCGCUCUCUCCGCCCCCCUUCUUUCUCACUCUUUCACAAUCCCUCACUCUGUCUGUCCCUUUCUCUCUCUCCCACAGCGGUUGACAAAGCAGACUAGUUUUGACAAACAGCUGGACUCUCUAACUGACCUUCUGUCUGAGAUGGAGACCAUAGGACCCUUCAACCCCAAGGUACAGAGAAGGGCAAGAAAGGGGGAGGAGGGGAUGUAUUUCAUAUACUGUAGAGCUUCAUAUACUGUAGAGCAUCAUAUACUGUAGAGCAUCAUAUACUGUAGAGCUUCAUAUACUGUAGAGCAUCAUAUACCGUAGAGCUUCAUAUACUGUAGAGCAUCAUAUACUGUAGAGCUUCAUAUACUGUAGAGCAUCAUAUACUGUAGAGCUUCAUAUACUGUAGAGCAUCAUAUACUGUAGAGCUUCAUAUACUGUAGAGCAUCAUAUACUGUAGAGCUUCAUAUACCGUAGAGCUUCAUAUACUGUAGAGCAUCAUAUACUGUAGAGCUUCAUAUACUGUAGAGCAUCAUAUACUGUAGAGCUUCAUAUACCGUAGAGCAGGGUUCUUCAAUUCCGGUCCUGGAGGGCUGAAACACUUCUGUUUUUUAUUUCUACCUGGUAGUUAAUUGCACUCACCUGGUGUCCCAGGUCUGAAUUAGCCCCUGAUUAGAAGGAGAGGAUGAAAAACAGAGGCGUUUCGGCCCUCCAGGACCGGAAUUGAAGAACCCUGCUGUAGAGCUUCAUAUACUGUAGAGCGUCAUAUACCGUAGAGCUUCAUAUGCUGUAGAGCUUCAUAUACUGUAGAGCUUCAUAUACCGUAGAGCUUCAUAUACCGUAGAGCUUCAUAUGCCGUAGGGCUUCAUAUGCCGUAGGGCUUCAUAUGCCAUAGAGCUUCAUAUGCCGUAGAGCGUCAUAUGCCGUAGAGCUUCAUAUACUGUAGGGCUUCAUAUACUGUAGGGCUUCAUAUGCUGUAGAGCUUCAAAUGCUGUAGAGCUUCAUAUGCUGGAGAGCGUCAUAUACUGUAGGGCGUCAUAGAACCACACAAUGUCAGUAAACCAACAGGGGAAACUGAAUGUAACAAAAGACUGCAGUAGACACAGCAUGAUACAGAGAGAGGGAGUAGGAAAGACUUGGACUAAGAUGGAGAGAAACAAAGAUGAGAUGCGGAGGGAGGGAAAACAGAGCUGAGGAAAAAAGAGAGAAGUUUGAAUAAAGGGGCCUCCAAAGUAGAGAGGGAGAGUCGAGAAAGAGAGGGAGAGAGAGAGCAGGUCAGGAGAAACCAUUUGGCCAGAUGCCAGGCUGUUUUGUGUCUGUUCAGGUUGAUGGCUCUAGGAUGAGUAAGCUGUUAGUUACUGCACACACACAGACAAUGAGAGAGUGAUGCACAAAAACAGAGAUUGAUUCACACCAAGGAAGUGAGUGAUGCAGAGACCCACACCCUGAAUGAUGCAUAUAAAGAAAGAAAGAGAUGCAAACAGAAAGAGAGACCAAGCAAGACAGACAGACAGAGAGAGAGAGAGAUACACAAUGCAUACUCCAUUCUGAUCAGGCCUGUGGGGUGUGGGGCCAGGCCAGCGGUCUGGGGAAGGUUUUAAUCCUCCUGGGAGGAACUGGAGCAGAGAAAUGUUGGCACAAGCUCAUGAUAAAAAUGUCAGACACACAUUACUACUGAUAAGCUCAAGUUCCCCUGUAUGACUCAGAGCCUGUGCUUUGUGGAUGUUGAGUAUUUGAUACGAUUGAAAGUCGCUACCUGCAACCUUUUUAAGUUUUUGAAUUCUGUACUUGAAUGAUACUAUUAGUCGUUUUCACCCUUCCUACAAACACAGCCGGCUUGUUAAGUAGGGUGGAUUGUUUAGAAUGUUUCAAAUAUAACUGUAUAGAACAUUGUAUUUUCAACAGGAAAACUUCAAAAAUAGCUGUAGGGGCACUCAGUUCCUGAGGUUUUUGUUGUUGCGCGUUGUCUCCAUAGUUCUCUUCAAUUCUUCAAUACAUAUAGCCUGUAAUGUUUUCUUGUCUGAUCUUGUCUCCCCAGUUGCCCAGUCAGUCCUCAGCUCCUCGUCCUCCUGCCCCCAAGCUUGCAGGUCCUCCCCCCACCGCUCCCAAGCCCAACCUCUCCUUCCUCCCCCCUCCAGAGAUGGGAGACAAGCCCCCUCCCGCUCCCUGGGCCGAGGAGCUCAAACUCCGAACGACACACCGACAAGCCAAUAACGCUACAUCCGCCCCAGCUCCUGCGCCUGCACCUCAGCCAUUUGCUAAGGCCCCAUUCGUGGCUCCUAAGGCUUUUGGGGGCAUAAAAACAGGGACGUCCGUGCCUCCUGUGGGGCUGAAGAACCAGAACCACACCCCGGCUCCAUUUGGUUUUGCUCCUAAACCUACCCCUGCAGCCAGCUCCUUCCCUCCUCCUCCUGCCGCUCCCCCCGCCCCUCCAGCCAACAAAGUGGCUCCCCCAGCCUUCAAUCACUCAAAGCCAUCUUCCAUUGACUCUCAGAUGACUGUGAGCCCGCCCCUUCCUGCUCCUGUGCCCCCUCCUCAGCCCAAAGCGAUGACAUCACCACCCUCUUCUUACAGCCAGCCAAUGAAAACUCCCCCUUCAUCAAAGGUAUGUUAGGAGACCCUUUGGGGUGAGUGUGUGGGCGUGCACGUUUAGUACUCCCCCUGUUAAAUCUGUGUGUUUUCUGUCCACCAGCCCUCGCCCCCUGGGCCUGUCUCUGUCCCAGGUGGAGGUGUUCCUCUCUCCAUGAGGGAGGUGGAGGAGCUGGAGAGAAUGACCCAUGCAUUCAUCAAAGACAUGGACACACACGCUCCUGUCAUCACUUCACCACCUACAGGUACACACACACACACCCGCCGUUCAUCACCUACACUAGUUCAUUGUUUCAUACUACCAUACCCAUCGUGUCAGAAUAAUACUCUAUUAUCAGAGCAUCAUUUCUUGUCCAGUUCCUGCCUGACAGCACUCCAUCACAGAGUUCUGUAUCUCAGUAUGCUGUUGGUUCUGAUAGACUGGGCUGUGGUUCUGAUAGACUGGGCUGUGGUUCUGAUAGACUGGGCUGUGGUUCUGAUAGACUGGGCUGUGUUCUGAUAGACUGGGCUGUGGUUCUGAUAGACUGGGCUGUAGUUCUGAUAGGCCUUUCAUGGAAAUGAUUGAUCAGUGUAAUUAGGCAGUAAGGAGCCUCCUCCCUCCUCUCUCUCAUUGAUGCUAGACCAGUGUGUCUGUGGUAAUUAGUUAGAUGACUGUGUGUAAUAGGACUAACUGAGCUCUGCCUCUGUCAGCAUCAACCAACUUUGAUCCUCUCGCUCUCCGUCCUCUCUCUCUCCGUCCUCUCUCCCUCCGCGCUCUCUCUCUCUCUCUCUCUCUCCUCAUCUCUCUCUCUCUCUCUCAGAGGUAUGUGGGAAGUGUGGUGAGGCUCUGUCUCGUUCCCAGCCUGCAGUGAGAGCCAUGAACAAACUCUUCCACUCUGACUGCUUCUGCUGUGUGAGCUGCCAUCGCCCCCUGCAGGGCAUGCAGUUCUACGACAAGGACGGGACACCACAGUGUGAGGACUGCUACACUGUGAGUACACACAUGUACACACACAUAUACACACACAGCAAUUACAUGCACAAAAAAGCCUACAGUAAUUCAUUCACUCUCUCACACACAAAGACAUGUAACUUGUUUACUCUCUCUCUCACCCUCCUGUCUGUGUGUCUCCACAGAGUUCUCUGGCGGUGUGUUCUCGGUGUGGGGAGCGUAUUACAGACCGUGUGUUGAAGGCGGUGGGCCAGUGUUUCCAUGCCCACUGUUUCCGCUGCUGCACCUGCGCCUGCAGCCUGGAGGGGGCGCCCUUCAUCACUGACGACAACAACAACCCAUACUGUGUCCCAGACUACCACAGGUACGUCCUCUCAUCUCCUUGUCUCUCUCUGUCUAAUGUCUCUCUCAGGUAUUGUGUGUGUGUGUGUGUGUGUGUGGGGGGGGGUACAGGUCUAAUGUCCUCUCUGUCCCCCUGCCUGUAGGCGUUUCUCUCCCCUGUGUGUGAGCUGUAAUGAGCCCAUAGUUCCUGACGCCGGCAGUCAGGAGACCGUCAGGGUCGUGGCCCUCGACAAGAACUUCCACCUCAAGUGCUACCGCUGUGAGGUAAGGACAACAGACAUGCUACAUCUAAAGUACUAUAAACACAUAAAGAAUGUGCCAGAUGUAAAGAUAAACUCCUAAGGAUGUAUUAUGACGAGAUGGUUAAAUGUCUAAACAGUUUGAAGGGUGUCCCCCGAGUGUUUUGGAUGUAUAGGUUUUCCAGUGACCUUCUGCACAUCCUGAAGCCUCUCUCUCCAUCUCUCUUCCUGUUUGCAGGAUUGUUCCCGCCCCCUCUCCAUAGAGGCGGACGCAGACGGCUGCUACCCAUUGGACGGCAGGAUCCUGUGCAUGAAGUGCCACACCCAGCGGGCCAAGGCUAUGCAUUGAUUGGUGGACACAUCUGUUAUUCAAGUCGAACUUUGAACCAAAUCCAAGGCACAGGAUCCAUUCAGCUUCCACCAUUCUGUCUUUGCAACAGGGCUUUACUUGUGCACCUAGUGUGUGUGUGUGUGUGUGUG